CAGCCAUGUUGAAUGUCAACUCCAGAGACGGACUCGGACGCUGAUGUUUAAAACACGUGAAAACGCAUCGACCAUCGUUUGUAGUCCAAAGACCACACAGCAUGACACAGGCAACUUUGUCGUUCAAAGUCCAGACAACACCCGUUAUACGAAGGUAGCAUGGGGGACAAAAAGAUUUUGUGCAUCGGAUUAGUGUGUUUGGACAUUAUCAAUGUUGUGGACAAGUACCCGGAAGAAGACACUGACAGCAGGUGUUUGUCUCAGCGUUGGCAGAGAGGUGGAAAUGCAUCAAACUCGUGCACUGUCCUCUCCAUUCUUGGAGCUCCGUGUGCCUUCAUGGGAUCUCUCGCUCCUGGUCCCGUAGCAGAUUUCGUCCUUGCAGACUUCCUCAGGUACGAGAUCGACGUGUCUCUCCUGGCCGAGCGGACUGAGUGCUCGUUCCCGGCCUCCGUGGUGAUCAGCAAUGUGCGGACGGGCAGCCGCACCAUUCUCCACAUGAACAGCUUCAUAACGGCCGAUUUUGCACGUCGUGGGGUGGAUGUUUCGGGCGUGGCGUGGCAGAGGGAGGGCGAGACCCCGUGUGCGUGCUGUGUGGUGUGUCCCACCAGCGGGACCCGCACAGUCGUUCUCUUCGACACAAACCUGCCGGAUGUUUCGGCAGAAGACUUCUCCAGGGUGGAUCUGAGCCAGUACAAAUGGAUCCACUGGGAGGGCCGGAAUGCAGAAGAGCAGGUGAAAAUGAUCCAGCAGGUGCAGCAUUACAACAGCACUCUGCCAGAGGGCAAGAGGAUCACCAUCUCCGUGGAGAUCGAGAAGACCAGGGAGCCAUUGUACCAGCUGUUUCCUUAUGGAGAUGUGGUGUUUGUCUGUAAGGAUGUGGCGAGACACUUUGGCUUCCAGACCGCAACAGAUGCACUCCGGGGUCUCUAUAGCAGAGUGAAGAAGGGGGCAGUGCUAAUAUGCGCUUGGGCGGAGAAAGGAGCAGAUGCCAUGGGUCCUGAUGGAGUGGUCAUCCAUUCAGAUGCCUUCCCUCCAGAGGCCCUCGUGGACACGCUUGGGGCAGGCGACACCUUCAAUGCAUCAGUCAUCUUCUCCCUCUCCCACGGGAAAAGCCUUCAGGAGGCACUGUCGUUCGGCUGCCAGGUCGCUGGGAGGAAGUGCGGUGUCCAUGGAUAUGAUGACAUUGUGCCACAGAAACCAUAAAGAAGAAUGGGAAUUGCAGUCAACCUGGGGACGACCUCGUCUGAGAGAGCAAUUGCUAGCAUUUGUUAGCAACCCACACGGUAUUAGUGGCAGACAACUUACAUGAGAAUGAAUUUGCUGUUUCAAGAAAAAAAUGAACUAACUUGACUGAAAUCAUCCCAUUGCUUUCCAACUGUGAAAUGAAACAAAACACUAAAAGAUUUCACUUGAAAUCAGUACAUGUUCUGCUUUCCAAUCUAAACUCCAUCUAUAAAAGUGUUAUAAAAAUGUCUUGUUCACCUUAAAUUGUCCUUUCACAGACUCUGUUUAAUUGAUUUGUAGUAAAUUUUUAAUACUAGAUAUUAUUGUAGCCUGGGUUACCACUAAUCCUCCUGGUUUGACUUUAUCGUAUAGUGUAAUCUGAGUUUAUCAAUUCUGAUAAGAUGAUGAAGAUGAAGUGGGGUAAAAUUCCGAAUAGCUAACAAUCCCAGAGAAGGCACUCAGAGGAGUGCUCAUUUUUCCAAUAGACACAAGGUCGGUUUCUGUUUGAAUUUCUUAGUUCUUUUCAAAAAGGGAAGUUCUACUCCCUGAAUUUGUGGCAGGGUCAUUUCUCCCCAAGCUGCAUUAGGUGUUCAUCGACAUGCCCGUCUGGUUUUAGUUCAUUUCCACUACUGUGCGCUGGAGUUGGUUUGCGCGGUAGCUGAUGAUUUAUUGGCCUUCAGAAACUGCGGUCAGGCACACUCCAUUCAGCUUGUUUACGGGCAAACCAGCUAUCUCGGGCCUACACAGAUGUGUUGAUAAUACUCUGCGGCUGAAAUGGAGAGAGAUAAACAGGAUAUUUGCCACUUUCCCGCCCUGUCCUCGCCAGAUCCAGCUGUCCAGUCCCUUUACCACUGCCCCCCACCCACUGAGCUGAACUGUACACAGAAUGGAAAAACCACACAAAUGUCUGAUUAUGAAUUUUAAAUGUAAUCCAGAAUACAGAUUUAAACUGAUGAACUUCACACUGCAUUUAACUGCAAAGAAAAAAAAAACCAUUCCCUGCUCUUGUGUUGCACAAAUAUGUUUUUGAAAUAAUGUUAUUAAUCAACAGUAUUAUAAUUUAAUAAAUUAGCACUAUUUUGCUUGUUAA